AUGUCCAAGUUGCACUCCAGGCCCAAGGAGAGCAGCUUUCUCCACCCCGAACACGUAGACGGGUGCGGGCCCCGCGCGGCAGGUGAAGGUGCUGCGGGGACCCCGCCGCCCGGCCUGCGCCCAGACCCCUGCCCCGCCGCCACCUGGGGAGAAGGACCCCGCUGGCCUCCCAGGAACCGCCACCCUGGCCGCACACGGAGCCUCCGCCGGCCACGGCAGCCCGAGCUGGGGGAGGGGGCGCCCCCGCGGGGAGCGGGGGAGGGGAGGGCCGGCCCCGCCAACGUCGGCGACCUGGGCGCAGGUCGGCCGCCCUCCCCCGCUGCGCGGCCACGGCCCGGGGGUGCCCCACCGAAGCCCAGGGAGGAGGCGGCGGAGCCCAGCUUGCGGCCAAGAACGCCCCAGCGGCGCCGCCACGGGACUUGGGAAAGUUUGUGCGCGCUCCUUCGCGCCACGGCCACGCGCAGAGAAGACUCAGAGCCGGGCCCGGGCCCGGCCCGGCGCCGCCACGCGCGGUGGUGCCGAGGAGUUGGGAAAUUAAUCACCUCCAGAAAGCGGAGGGAGCGCGCCCCGCAAGAACUCGAGCGGAAACAACCGAAGACCAGAAAGGGAGCAGGAAGGACGGCUGCUCUGGAAGCAGAUGUCACCAGUACCGCCCACCUCCCCAAAAUCACAGAAGACAAACCUCAAAGGAUGCCCACCACCAUCGUAAACGGAUGGCCCCACCAGCACGAGGUCCUACAGCGCAGUGAAGCUCCCAGACGGCUCCCGGACUUUCAUUCCCUCAUUCCCACGUCCCUUAUGUCCCUCACUUUCAUAAACUAUCUCCGCCCGAUUCCUUGCCAAUCAACUUCAUCUUCCCCCAAAAUAUAAAACCCCCUUCCU